AUGAUGGAUUUUGAUGAGCGUGUUCCUUGUUCCUCUAACAUGUAUUUGCCAAGUUGUACUUACUACGUCUCGGGUCCUGAUUUUUCCAGCCUCCCUUCUUUUUUGCCCCAAACCCCGUCGUCUCGCCCUAUGACAUACUCCUACUCCUCCAACCUACCCCAGGUCCAACCUGUGAGAGAAGUUACCUUCAGGGAAUAUGCCAUUGAUCCCUCCAGUAAAUGGCACCCCAGGAACAAUCUGCCCCACUGCUACUCCGCAGAGGAGAUCAUGCACAGAGACUGCCUGCCUGCCACCAACACUGCUAGCAUGGGCGAGAUGUUCGGCAAAAACACAGCUAACGUCUACCACCCCAGCACCAACGUCUCCUCCAAUUUCUAUAGCACGGUGGGCAGGAACGGGGUCCUGCCCCAGGCUUUCGACCAGUUUUUCGAGACGGCUUAUGGCACGGCGGAAAAUCUAGCCUCGACGGACUACCCGGUAGACAAGAGUGGCGAGAAGGCGCCCGCGGCCGCCGGGGCGGCGGCGGCGGCAACUUCAAGUUCGGAGGGCGGCUGCGGCAGGGCGGCGGCGACGGCGGAGAAGGAGAGGAGGAGGCGGCCGGAGAGCAGCAGCAGCCCCGAGUCAUCUUCCGGCAACAAUGAGGAGAAAUCCGGCAGUUCCAGUGGACAACGUACACGUAAAAAGAGAUGCCCGUACACCAAAUAUCAGAUUAGAGAGUUAGAAAGGGAAUUCUUCUUCAGUGUCUACAUAAACAAAGAGAAACGCCUCCAGCUCUCCCGAAUGCUCAAUCUGACCGACCGUCAAGUCAAAAUAUGGUUUCAGAACAGAAGAAUGAAAGAAAAAAAAAUUAACAGGGACCGAUUACAAUAUUACUCGGCUAAUCCACUACUCUAA